AUGGAUGAAAUUCUCUUUAGGAUUGAAAAUGAAUAAGUGAAUAUGUUUGGAUAGAUUCAAAUUUAAUUAACUAAAAUUCUGUCAUUCUAAUUAUAAUGAUGUUUUGAAUCAAAUUGAAAAGCUCACUAAAACAUAUACCUAAGUUAUUAAGAUUGAAUUUUAACAUUAAAAUCCCUAAGAAUUCUUUUAAUCGAUCAAAGAACUUAUAGAAAAGGUCAUGAAAUCCUUUAGACUAAAUAUCUGGACUUUGAUCUAAAGGGAAUUAUAUAAAUUGAAUUUUGGAAAGAAUAUUUAGAAAAAUUACAAGCAAAAUUGAAAAGAAAAAAUCUUAAAACUCAACAAUAACAGUUCCCAAUAGUUAGAAAGUAGACCCAUCUUCUUUGUAAUCUUCACCUGUUUAAAAGGGUAAUACUGCAGGAUUAUCCUAUUAAUAACUUAAAGCAUAGAAGAUUACUUCUUUGCAAUAAGUUUAACAUAAGAAUGGUAAUUUUGUAUAUGAAGCAACUCUUUAAGAUGGGAAUAAAUUGUUGAUGCCUCACAAUCCAAAUAACAAUAAUGAAUUGACAUUUCCUAAAAAUAUUGAUGCUACAGGUAAAAAUCAAUAUAAGAGGUGUAAUAAUCAUUAAAGGGAUAAAGUCAGAAAUUUAACAUAGAAUCCAUUUAAGCAAAGGAAAUGGAUUAUGAAUUCUAAAAAGCUAAAAUAUAAUGGUAAAUAGAAGGGGUAAUAGCAGGAACACUUGGCAGAUAGACUGUUAACUGUAUAAUGGAAUCGAUGCAUAAAAAUUAGGCAAAGGUUUAUUUGUUUCUGCUUCUAUUUAGGAGGUUUUAUAUACUUAAAGUUUAGAGUGAUUUUGACUAAAUAAACAAUAAAAUCUUUUGGAAGAGCAAUUUCAUACUGUUGGAAUUGGAUUAACUGCAUUUAUGACAAGCAUUACAGUUGGAGGAGUGAUCUUGUCUGAUUGCUUGUCUUAAAGUGAGAAAGUAUAUAAUUUUGAUUGCAGUGAAAACUGGAAGUGCUAUAGGAUUAGGUAAGGUGGAAUUGAAUUAGGUGCUGCAGGUGGUCCAAUUGGGGGUUUUUUUGGAGAGGAGAGUAGUAAUUUAUUUGGAAGAGCUGUCGAUCAUUUUACUUAGUUUAAUUUACAAAUCGAUUUUAAUUAUUUUAAUUCGAAUCAAAAAUCUAAAGUUGAGGACGGUUAUUUAACCUAUCUAGCCACAUCCCUCAAGAUAAGUUGGAAAUACGUCAAGAAUAAUAUAAAGAGUCUAAUUCGAAUGGCAUAAACUGACACUCAUAUGGCUUUUUUAAUUCCAAAUAUUGAUAGAAAUAGAACAGAAAUAUAAGAGAAUGAAGACAUUGGGAUUCAAUUUAAUGAAUGUAAAAAGAAAAGGUCCUGA